CGACCUAAUCGAUCUCCAAACGGACUUAGAGAAAUGCACUGAACGGGAAGCACUUAGAAAGAAAACAAAGGCGCUACAGGAAAAUCCGCUGAUAGCAGAUUGGUUCUUUAUUGAAAGGUCGCAGAUAUUUAUACAUAAAGUACUCGGGCCGAAACUAAAGAUCAAGGAUUACUGGUACCGAUAUGAGUUUCAACACCGUGGAAGCGUUCACCUGCAUGGGCUGUUAUGGCUUGACGGAGCACCUGAUGUUACCCGACUGAACGAGAUGAAUGCAGACGAAGUGCAAAAUGUAACUGACUAUUUUGAUGGAAUCAUAACGGCUACAAACCCCGAUAUUAACGCCAUCGCUCCCUUACAACAUCCUUCUGGUAUCCGCCCAACCGCUGUUGCCGACUGGGAUACAGACUACGUCAAUCUCGUCAACAAAGUUCAACGCCAUACAAUGUGCAAACCGGAAACAUGUUUAAAAAAGGUCAAGAAAAGCGGUCCAGAAAAAUGCCGUUUUGAUUUUCCGCAAAAGCUGCUAGCUGUCAGCACUUUGUGUGCAACGGACGGGAAGUGGGGCUACACUCCCAAACGGAAUGACCCUCGAGUCAACCGCCACAACAGAGGGAUUCUGCAGGCUUGGCGAGCGAAUGUGGACGUUUCUGCAAUUACCGAUAAGCAAGCCGUUAUCAACUACGUCGCAAAGUAUGCCUCGAAAGGUGAACCUAGAUCCGCCACCUAUGCAGAAAUCUUUCGCACAAUUUUGGAUGCGGGCGCCUCUGGAUCAGAUAAAGCGAGAAAAUCAAUUCAGAAACUGCUCACUAAAUCCAUAUCAGAACGAGAUAUUUCUGCACAAGAAUGCAUGCAUCUACUGAUGGGGCACGAUUUGUACCGCAGUUCGCGCAGUUUUGUCAACAUCACUUUAAAAAACGAUGAAUGGGUUCCUCUGACAAGUGUAAAGACUGAUGAUGAUUCACCUGAAGGACAAGGGAAAACAAUCCUAGAGAAAUACAAGUUACGUAUUCCGGAGAUGGAGGGACUGUCGCUGUUUGAAGUAGCGUCGAAAUAUUCUUGGUCUCGACAGAACUGGAGAAAAAGAGCGGCGAACAAGGAAGCCGUUGUGCGGGUAUUUCCUUGACUGACGCUCACUGGCGAUGCACUAAAAGACGAAGAAUUUUACCGGCAGCAAGUUUUGCUACAUUCACCUUGGAGAAACUCCGAUUCUGUCCGUGGUCCUGAAGAAACGUGGGAAAGCAUUUACG